AUGGCUACCAACGGUGAAACGGUCCAGGCUCGAGUCCUUUGUCCGGAGAAAUUGUCACCGGAUGGACUUGCUUUACUUCGAAAAACCCUCAUUGUGGACGAAAAGCAAGGUCUUACACCCGAGCAACUCAUCUCAAUCAUCCCGGAAUACGAUGCUCUUCUUGUGCGCUCUGAGACCAAGGUCACCAAUGAUCUCCUGCAGGCAGCUCGAAGAUUGAAGGUUGUUGCUCGUGCGGGUGUCGGUGUAGAUAAUGUCGAUGUUCCCGCUGCCACGCGGCUAGGCAUUGUCGUGGUGAAUUCUCCCAGUGGGAAUAUUCAGGCUGCCGCAGAACACACCAUUGCCCUCUUGAUGAGCAUGGCGCGGAAUGUUCCCGAUGCUUGUGCGAGCCUCAAGGCCGGGAAGUGGGAGAGGAGCAGGCUUGUCGGUGUGGAAGUCAAGGGGAAGACGUUAGGGGUUGUGGGACUCGGGAAAGUCGGCCUGAUUGUCGCUCGAAUGGCUCGUGGCCUGGGCAUGAAUGUGGUCGCAGCAGAUCCCUAUGCUUCUCCAUCAGUGGCUGCCGCUGCCAACGUCCACCUUGUCGAGUCCCUGUCAGAGCUCUUGCCCGUCGUCGACUUCUUGACCAUUCACACACCAAUGCUUGCCGCAACACGCGGCAUGCUGUCUACAUCUGAACUCAACUCGAUGAAACGUGGGGCUCGCAUCCUCAACGUGGCACGAGGGGGCAUCGUCGACGAAGAAGCUCUUCUUGCUGCAUUGGAAUCUGGACAUAUAGCAGGCGCUUCAAUCGACGUGUUUACUUCUGAACCACCGCAUAAAGACCCGAAGUCGUCUGCGGCCAAACUCGUGCAACAUCCCAAAUGUAUCGCCACCCCACAUCUCGGUGCGUCGACGGUUGAAGCACAAGAAAACGUCUCCAUCGACGUCUGCGAACAGGUCCUACAGAUCCUGGCGGGAGACCUACCCAGGAGCGCUGUGAAUGCGCCCAUUAUCCUGCCGGCCGAGUACAAGACUCUCCAGCCUUUUGUGCGGCUUGUGGAAAAGAUGGGAUCGUUGUACACGCAACACUUCACGUCCCCGACGCAGCCCCUGCAUCAAAGGAACAUGAAUACCUUUGAUCUCAUCUACGAGGGUGAGAUCGCGAAUAUGUCAAGCACGAAACCGCUGUUUGCGGCCCUGAUCAAGGGUCUCACUCUACCCAUUUCUGACGCCGAGGGGUUCAACGUCAACAUCGUUAAUGCCGAGAUGGUGGCCAAAGAGAGGGGGAUCUUUGUCAACGAGCAAAAGUCCCGAGAUCCGUCCACGCAGGCGUAUUCGAGCUUGGUGACACUCAUCGCGCGGCCUGCCAGCAGAGCUCCGUCCUUGAGUCGACACUCUAGCGCCCUUGAAGGGCUUUCUAUAUCAUCAAACACUGCGGCGGGUGACCAGCCUGCCAGCAAGCAGCACAUCAUUUCGGGCUACUGCAGCGAUAACUCACCCUUUAUCUCCCGACUCGAUCGCUUCGCCACGUCCUUUGUGCCCGAAGGCACCCUGCUGAUCUGUCACAACUAUGAUUCCCCAGGCAAGAUUGGUGUCGUGGGCAGUAUCCUAGGCAGAGAAGGCGUCAAUAUCAACUUUAUGAGUGUGGCUCCUGCGACAUUCUCCUCCACUACUGGCUCAGCUUCCGGCUCCGCCAAGGGUCUUUCCCCUGCCAAAGAGACAACUGAGGCGCUCAUGAUCCUGGGCGUGGACAAAGAGGUAGGCGAAGACGUCAAGAGAGAGCUGGUUGGGGCGAAGGGGGUGUUGAGCGUCAGUAGCGUCACUCUCUAG